AUGGGUGGUGGUGUGUCACCAUCGAAGAAUGCGACGAUGAUGAUGAUGGGAGUGGAUCGAGAACAGAUCGGAAGUAAUCGAGUGGCUGUGCAGAAUAGAUCUGAUAAUCAUGAGGAUGAAGAUGAAGAGGUGCAUGAACGUUUAUACAAUCCGUUUCACUCGUUCGAUUUGACUACCACAGCUCAUCAAUUCUCGGCACUCAAUUUGUAA